AAGUACUGUUAUGAAAUUUACAGAUAUAAUUUGUGCCAAUACAGUGCAGAACAGCUACCUGUGCAGGCCAGUUAUCAGUUAUCACAGCCACAGAAACAGGAAUUCAAACACCAAUAUGCAGACAUGGAAGCAGAGCAACUACGGACAAAAGUUUCGGCCUGCCUCAGCAAUGCAAAGCCCCCGGCAUCCAACAUCAGCAUGGAGGAGAGGAAGGCACUCACAUCACUUAGUGAUGACAACAACAUUAUCAUCCUUCCAGCAGACAAGGAGGAGAGGACAUUGGACCACUGUUACAGCACGAUCAGCGGGGCCCCGCGCUUCACUCGGACUUUCUGACCACGUCAUGGUCCACCUGAUCCCCGCGUACAGACAGAGGCUGAAGCUCUCCAAACCUGUCGUGAGGACUAAAAAACUGUGGAGCAACGAGGCUGUGGAGGAGCUUCACACGUGUUUGGAGUCUACAGACUGGGACACAAUGAAGGCUGCUUCUAACAGCUUGGACGAGUUUACGGACACUGUCACCUCCUAUAUCCACUUCUGUGAGGACAGCAUUGUGCCAUCACGCACCAGGGUGAGUUAUAACAAUGACAAACCCUGGUUUACUCCUAAACUCAAAAAGCUGUGGCUGGAAAAGAGUAAGGCGUUCAGAAGCAGAGACAGGGGCUGCUACAGAGAGGCCAAGUACAGGUUCACUAAAGAAGUGGACAUUGCUAAACAUCAGCACUCUGAGAAGAUGCAGCAGCAGAUCUCAGAGAAUGACUCGGCCUCUGUGUGGAAAAGUUUUAGGAAUAUCACCAACUACAAGCCUAAAACCCCCCACUCCACUGAUGACUUGCUCUUGGCCAACACCCUUAACGACUUUUACUGCCGUUUUGACGAGCCUUCAAGCAGCCUUCACACCUCCAACGGCCCCAACAAUAGAGACACUUUGGACACUCAUUCCCCCACCUCUCCCCCCUCCAUAGAGCCAUCACCACCAUCAAACACUUCACCUGCAACACCUCCCUCCUCACCCCACACCAAGGAGGAUUUCACACCACCUUCUCCCACCACAACUCUUCAUAUUAGUGAAGCAGAUGUGAGGAAGCAGUUUAAGAGUCUGAAUGCUCGAAAAGCUCCUGGCCCAGACGGUGUGUCUCCUGCCACCCUCAGACACUGUGCAAACGAGCUGGCCCCAGUGUUUUCUGGCAUUUUCAACUCCUCACUGCGGGCAUGUCAUGUGCCUGUCUGCUUCAAGUCCUCUACCAUAAUCACUGUCCCCAAGAAACCUAGGAUCACUGGACUAAAUGACUACAGACCUGUGGCUCUGACAUCUGUGGUCAUGAAGUCAUUUGAGCGCCUGGUUCUCUCCUACCUCAAGACCCUCACGGCCCCCCUCCUGGACCCCCUGCAGUUUGCAUACAGAGCCAACAGGUCUGUAGACGACGCUAUCAACAUGGCUCUACACUUCAUCCUGCAGCAUCUGGACUCCCCAGGAACCUACGCCAGGAUCCUGUUUGUGGACUUCAGCUCUGCCUUCAACACCAUCCUUCCAGACCAUCUCCAAGGCAAGCCAUCUCCAAGGCAGAUGAAUGUGCCUGAUCCCAUCUGCCGGUGGAUCACUGACUUCCUGACGGACAGGAAGCAGCAUGUGAGGCUGGGAAAGAACGUCUUGGACUCCCGGACCAUCAGCACCGGCUCCCCUCAGGGCUGUGUUCUUUCUCCUCUGCUCUUCUCCCUGUACACCAACUGCUGCACCUCCACCCACCAGUCUGUCAAGCUAAUCAAGUUUGCAGAUGACACCACCGUUAUUGGACUCAUCUCGGACGGGGAUGAGUCUGCCUACAGGAGGGAGGUUGAACGUCUGGUGUCCUGGUGCAGCCACAACAACCUGGUGCUGAAUGCCCAGAAGACAGUGGAGAUUAUUGUGGACUUCAGGAAGCACACAGCCCCACUCCCCCCCAUCAUCCUGACUGACACCCUCAUCACCUCUGUGGACUCAUUCCGCUUCCUGGGUACCACCAUCACCCAGGACCUGAAGUGGGAGCCCACCAUCACCUCCGUCAUAAAGAAAGCCCAGCAGAGGAUGUACUUCCUGAGGCAGCUGAAGAAAUUCAACCUGCCAACACUGACGAUGAUGCAAUUCUACACCGCAAUCAUCGAGUCCAUCCUCACCUCCUCCAUCACCGUGUGGUACACUGGAGCCACUAUCAGGGACAAACAGAGACUGCAGCGUGUUGUGCGCUCUGCUGAGAAGGUGAUUGGCUGCAGACUCCCAUCUCUGCAGGACCUGUACACCUCCAGGACACUGGGGCGUGCAGCUCGGAUCACAGCUGACCCUUCUCACCCUGGACACAGUCUGUUUGACCUGCUCCCCUCAGGCAGGAGGCUCCGGUCCAUUCGCACCAGAACCUCUCGCCACAAGAACAGUUUCUUCCCCUCUGCUGUUGAACUCCUGAACAAUAACCAUAUGACUGUUCCCACCACUAACACAUGACCCUACACUGUGUUCACUGCAUCAUCCCAUGUUUGCACUGAUCACCACCUGCACUCAUGUAUAUAUCUAUCUACUUAGCACUUUUAAUUCUUAUUUUUAUGUCUAUUUAAGCGUUAUCUGACAGUAUGUUUGCACUAAGUACCGCAGCAAUUUCCUAAUGUUGUAAACCUGCUCAACAGUUGGCAAUAAAACCCUUUCUGAUUCUGAUUCUGAUU